UGUCUCUUUCAUCCCCUCCUUAAAAUCUCUGUUAUCUCAUCUUCUUAAUCUUUCUCUACCACCAAGAUCCAACUCCCAAAUACAUCUCUUUAAUUUUUUUACCUUUUAUAUCCACAAAAUUUUGAUUAUAAAUUCCCAACACAAUCAAAACAAAUUCACUCAAUAACCUACAGAUACAGUAGAUAACAACUUUCAAAGACAUGGCAGAGACCAAAACCACUCCAGUGAUGAAGAUCAAACCAAAUUCCCAAAUUACCCCUUCCAAGCCUAAGAUUACUGACUCUUCAUCUCUCAGUAAGAGUCUCCCCAGCUCAAAUAAGAUGAAAGCUGUCACCACUGUCACUAAAUCUGAGGUUAAUUCAAAACCGACAACAAUUUCGUCGUCAUCAUCCAAAACAACAACAACGACAAAGACGACGAAGAGGAAGACUACUACCACCAAAGUGAGAGAGAGGAAAGUCUAUAGUUUGCCUGGCCAGAAACACGAUCCACCUCAAGAGAAAGAACCCUUGAGGAUUUUCUAUGAGUCGUUGUCGAAACAGAUACCGACAAGUGAAAUGGCGGAAUUUUGGUUAAUGGAACAUGGAUUAUUGUCUCCUGAAAGAGCUAAGAAAGCAUUGGAAAAGAAGCAAAGAAAGCAAAAGGAGCUUCGUAGCAGAACUCCGGUUAAGUCGUCAUCAAAGCCACCAACUAAAACCGCAUCUUCACAGAAGCCGCAGCCGAGACCAAAUAAUACUGGAUCUACAGAGAGGCCGCAGCCGAGACCAAAUAAUACUGGAUCUACAGAGAAGCCACAGCCGAGGCCAAAUAAUACUGGAUCUUCACAGAAGCCGCAACAGAAAUCAAGUAAUGGCGACAUUAAAGCCAAGAGGAAAAUCGACAGUGACAGCGAUGACGAAGACGAUGACGAUUUCAUUUUAAGUCAUAAAAGAAGAAGAGUGUUAUAAAAAAGAAGAAGAAAGUUUCACAAUUUUUAUUUAAUAAAGGUUAUAAAAAAGAAGAAGAAAGUUUACAAGAACAAGAUGUUCUGAAGUCAAAUAAAGAAAAGCCGUAAACUCUGAUGACUCAAACGCUUCAAGCACCAACAAGCUGCAACAAUUACUCUGAUGAUCAGAAGAUCCAAUGUGCAAUAGUCAAAUGCAAAAUCAUUAUGUAACGGUUGGAAAUUAAUUACAGCAGACAUAAUCUUCAUUUUUGGAAACAAAAUUAAUCAGUAUUUCAUCAGGUUUCCAAAACGAGAAUGGUUGUCUCUCAACGAAUCUAAAAGUUCACGCUAUAUAAAGGAGACACCGUGAAAAAGAAAAACAACUAACGCACGCACGAAUUCAAGAGCUCAAAAUUCUUAUUAUCUUUUUAAGUUUAUUCAUAAUUUUAUUAUGCUUAAUUUUUGUGUAAACAUCAAAGUUGUGAUAUAGUUUAUUAGAAGCAAUCUCUUAAACACAAAAGUUGUAAUUGUAUAAGUAUUUUCUUGAGCAAACCGGGUUGUGGUUUGAUCUCGAGAAGACGUCGACAAUUGUCUUCGUGAUUGUGUAAUCAUAAUUUUGAUUUAGUGGAUUAAGACCUCGUAAGAGAGAGGCAAAAUCA